GAGCAGUGGAAUCUCCUUGCGUGUAGUGUACUGCGGGGGAGCCCUUACCCAUGGAUCUGAUCCGAAGCUUCCACGCGAAGCUACGGUCUCUGGCCAUCACCCUAGACAGCGAGACGGCUCGGCUGCAGCUAGCGCUGGACGGAGAGGAGAGCGACUGGGAAGAUUACCCAAUGAGAAUUUUAUAUGACCUUCAUUCAGAAGUCCAGACUCUAAAGGAUGAUGUCAGUAUUCUUCUUGAUCAAGCAAGUUUGGAAAGUCAAGAAAGCAUUGGUUUCAUAAAGGCAACAAAAGUACUGAUGAAAAAAAAUUCAGUGGAUAUCAUGAAAAUAAGAGAGUUUUUCCAGAAGUAUGGAUAUAAUCCACGUGCCAAGAAAGAUUCAGUGGAUGAACAAGAAAUCAUUGACUCUGAAUCAGAGUCCACUAAGCAUGAAAAUUUUCAAAUGCCUGAUACGAAGGACAAUCUGUCUGAUCCUGCUGUUCCGAGCACUUCUGGUUCUGAGAAGUCUCCACGGAGUCCACAACUUUCCGAUUUUGGACUUGAGCGAUACAUGAUAUCCCAAGUUCCAGCAAACCCUCCACAGGCAGUAAAUGACCAUGAAGAAGAGCCAAAAAAUUUAACUCCAUCUUCUAAACAGUCACUAGUUAAAGUACUAAAAACUCCAAAAUGUGCUCUAAAGAUGGAUGAUUUUGAGUGUGUAACUCCUAAAUUAGAACACUUCGGUAUCUCUGACUGUACUGCAUGUUUAAAUGAAGAUUACACAAUGGGACUUAAAAAUAUGAAGGAGAAUAAAUGUGAAGAGGCCAUAGAACCAGAACCAAUGACCAGUGAUAAUUUCUUUACCACUCCUGGCCUCCAGCAGUUGAAAAAAAAUGGUGCCGACUAUACGGAUUCUCCCUUGGCACCUACAUUCUGCACUCCUGGUUUGAAAAUUCCUUCUACAAAGAACAGUACAGCUUUGGUAUAUUACCCAUUAUCAAAAACAAAUAGUUCAUCAAAUGAUUUGGAAAUGAAAGACUGUACAUCAUUAGUUUUAAAUUCAGACAAGUGUUUUGAGAGUUUUGCGGAUCCCUCUUCUCCUGUAAUUUCUUCUUAUGAGAAUCUGUUGAGAACACCUACACCUCCAGAAGUGACUACCAUUCCAGAAGAUAUUCUCCAGAUUUUAUCAAAAUACAACUCAAACCUAGCAACUCCAGUAGCAGUGAAAGCCAUGCCACCCAGCAAAGGGUUCCUCACUAGAUACGAAGGACCGAACAUCCGAGGUGUUGGCAACAAAGAAAAUUGGUGA